CCUAAUAACGCUGGUGGAGAUAAGGCCGGGAAAGGCUUCUCUUCCCUCUUUCCCCCUUCACAGCAGGGGGAGGGGCUUCUUGCAACUCAAAGAAGCCGCACUUCCCCCGAGGAGUAACACACGUCUGUGUCUGGUACAGGGAGAAAGCAGCAACGAGGAGUCCCGUGACACCUGAAAGGCUGACACAGAUUUAUUGAUUUAGAACUGUCCAGGUAAAACCAUGACUUCUCCUCUUUCCUCUCUGGGCAAGAAUCGCAGAAUGCCACUUCAGCUGCAGAGGCCAAGUUUGCUUAUGGAUUCCAGGAAAAGGGCAGUGCCAUUCAAAGAGAGUGCUCAGAAUGAGGAUGAAGCUGCUAUGAUGGAUGAAAUCCUGGGGCCAGGAGCCCAAAUUCCAGUACGAUUCAAUGCCCCAUCCUGCUCAGAUGGCACUACGACAAAAUCAAAAUCAACGACACUUGGGGCUGCCCCCACAGACAUGGAACUGCUGACCUCCAUGAUGCAGAAGAUUACUUCACUGGAACAGAAAGUAAAAAGCCAAGCACACGUGAUCCAGCUCAAGGAUGAGGAGAUCAGAGUGCUUGAGGGCCAGAUGCAAAUCCUUCAGAAAGGAAAAGAGGAAUCUUCAGAGAUGAGCAGAUUACAGGAACUGGAAGUGAUGUGCCUUGAGCUGCAACAUCAGGUCUGGGAAAUGGAGCGGUUUCUGAAUGACUAUGGAUUGAUCUGGGUCGGAGAAGAAACAGACUCUCUGAAAGUGCAACAGCCUCCAAAGGAAGAAGGGAGUCUGCCAUCAAGGGCUCAUUGGAAGCCAGGUGACUCCCUAAUUUCGCCAUCCUCGAUCAAUUUUGAUCAGAUUUUUGAAAACCUGAAAGAUUUAAAUAUGUUGGCUGGAGAGGGCAAGUCCCAAAUUGAGCAUACAGCAGGGGGUGCUAGGCUGAAGCAGGUGGACUCAGUUCCCCUCACCUUCUAUCAGAAUGGGAUUGUCAUGUUCAAUGGUCCCUUCCGGUCAUAUGAGGAUCCUUCUACGCAGCGAUGCCUAAGAGACAUCAUGGAUGGCUUUUUCCCUUCUGAGCUGCAGAGGCGCUACCCAGAUGGUGUCCCAUUUCAGGUCACUGACAAGAGAGACAUCUUCUUUCGGGAAAGGCAGCUGCCAGAGAGUUUUCCUGGCUUGGGCCAAGUCACUGGCCGUUGCAGACCAAGUGGACUAAAGGAGACAAAUGAGAUUCCAGGUCCCAAGCUCUCUCUCGAGCAGUUUUUGAACAGGCUUCCAAAGCUGCAGAUCCGAGAUGGGCAAGUGAUCAAUAUUCGGGGAGAAAUUGGAGAAACACUGCAGGGCUUGAGUGGGACAAAGUCUCAUGAAGUGAUUCUGGUGGAGUCACCCAGCCUUGCCAUGAUGCAGAAGAGAGCAGAAAAGGAAAGACACGGGAAGGCACCUGACUCCAACAUUUCAACUCUCCGGAUCAAGUCAGAGAAUGGGGAGAAGACAUAUGUCAUCAAAAUGCCCAUUGCAGAGACCAUUGGAGACCUGCGCCAGCACCUUGCCCAGAUCAGGGGAGAAGUGGCACCCUAUGACAUCCUCAGCCUUUUCCCAUAUCGAGUGUAUAACAACUCCUCUAUGACCCUGGAGGAGUGUGGGCUGGUCCCAAACGCUGCCCUUCUGCUGCGAAAGGCCUCUUCAACACAACUGCAAGGGCAACGGGUGUAAUGAUUUUACACUGGAUGAUUCAUCAGGCUUGGCUUGCCAGUCGGUUAGGAAGCAGUGUGCCUUGUUCUCCUUUCUCCGGAUAGUAUUUCUCAGCAAAAGGAAGGAUGUGCUCUGUGAUUAGCUAGAAACAGGGGAGAAUGUCUUUCCAAAUUGUCCUGGUGGCUAUAUGGGCUGCAGUCUGUGAUCAUAGCAACACUCUAUUUUACUGGCAAAUUCAGGGAGAGAAAAGUGCAUACCAUGAGCCAAGCUAGCCCCCUUUCGUUGCCCAGCUGAUGCAGGUGUCAUUCAGGCCUUGCUGCAGCUUGUCCUGCCCAGUACAAUUUCACAGCCCUUGCAGGGAUGCUGAUGGGCCAGGAUCCCUUGUAAGGCUGUCUUCCGGAAUUGCAGCAGGACACCCUAAAGUUAGGCACGCUCCAAGGUAAGCACAGCUGGAUUACUGCUACAACCAUGUAGUUUUCUCUGUCCUGGUUAACUGCUAAAUCCAUCCCCAGUUGAGAUGCUGCCACACACUGCUAUCCAUUGGAUAUUUGACAUCCACACCCUUUGGGCUUGGCCAGGAUUUUAUGCACUUGUUGUACAAGUCCAUUAAUCCAUAGAACAGAAAGGCUGUGCAGAACCUCUUUUUCUAGUGCAUGUGUGAAGCACCAGAGCCUCGCCAGGCUGCUUGCCUCCACAGCAAUGGCCAAAAGGAUCCUUCUGCAGGCUUCUUUCAGGGCCAAUAUAAAGCUCAGCUUUCUUUUCCUAUCUAGCUGUGGUCCAGCCCAACCCAUUCUCUUACAGAAGAUUCACACAGUUCACUUCUUUACCCAUCUCUGGGGGGGUAAAGGGCUGCUACGUGGCGGUAGCGGUUUUCUAUGGGUCUUCCAAGUGGCUCAAAAUGGGGCAGAUGUUCCCGUUUCAGGUUCUACCACCACCCCUCUGUGUUCAGUUACAACCCUACCAAGAUUACAUAGAAAGCUAUAGUGUGGCAAUGCCUCUAUUAGAAAAAUCCAAAAUGCUAUGAAGUUGUGAGCACCACAUUCUAGAGACCUCAAGAACUCAGUCGGAUAAAGAAUUCCAGAACGCUCAAACGCUUGCUGCUGCCAGCUUUGUAUAAUUUUGGUUUUUCCCAAUAAAGGUACUGCACCAGAUUGUUUAGGCCAGGGGUCUGCAACUUCAGCCCUCUAGCUGUUUCUGGACUACAACUCCCAUAAUCCUCCAAUUACCAAUGGUCAGUGAUCAUGGGAGUUGUAUGGCCAACAUCUGCAGGAGGGCCAGAGUUGUGCAGCCCUGGUUUAGACCAACUCAUUACCUACUAUUUUUGUAUGUUGUGGAGAUUAUCAGAAUAUAAAGUAGGAUGUGGAAUUGUAUGUUUGACUUCUCCCUCCAGGUGGAAAGCUAGCUGGGGGCCAGAAAGAGACAGGAGAGGGGUUUAUCUGAGUAUAUACAAAGCUUCAACAACAACACCUGUGGUUAAUACUGAACUAGUCUAGCAUUUCCCCUAGUACAGCUUUUCAGUGUGCAGAGGGGUUUGACAUGGAGAAAGGACUCAGACAUAAACCCCUGCUCUCCCCCUGCUCACAUUCUUAGGUUGUAUUGUUCCAAAAAAGACUAUGCCAACACAUGCUUUUAUGAACUUUUAAACCUGUUCUUAGUGCUAUGAA